AAAAAAACAAUUGACAAACUGCAAAUAAAACAAGUUUUCAUGUGUUCAAGCAAAAACCCUAGUUGCAUAGAGGGGGGAGAGAGAGAGAGAGAACAGCUGAAGGAAAGAAGCAAAGCAGUCGCCGGCCGAAUCGUUUCAGCCAAGUAAUGGAACAUCUAGGCACUAUCUUGUGUUAUUCCUCAAUCUGUCAUUAGCCAAAACGAGUCCAAAAAAAAAGAAAAAAAAAAAAGAACAAAACAGAGAGAGAGAGAGAAUGACAACUCCACAGAAAGAAGAUGAACAUCAAGCAGCAAACCGUUCAAUCGUUAACUGGAGAGGGAAGAUAGAGGAACAGUACCGCAAAGUUAAAGAGAACGCAGAAACUUACCCCUAUGUAUGGGGUUCCUAUAUUGUUGUGUAUGGUGGAUUCGGCCUCUGGUUUGCCUACAGAUGGAGGAAACUUCGCAAAACUGAGGACAGAGUUCGAGUUCUUCAAGAAAGGCUCCGCAAACUUGUUGAAACUGAAGCAUCAACGACCUCAGACAAAAAUAGUCAAAAAGUCAAAAACAACUCACAUCCCAAACGAAGACUAAAUAGAAGAGGAACUCAUUUGUUUCAAUCUAUCCAAGAGUUGUACAAGCUUUCUCUAAAUAGAAGAGGAACUCAUUUGUUUCAAUCUAUCCAAGAGUUGUACAAGCUUUCUCAGAGUGAAUACAAGGACAUUCUCUCAAACUCUCUUUGUCUUCUUACUUGUCUUUCUUGCAAGUUUGUGAGUUGGGCUGACUUAACAUCAACAAGUAAACCUUUUGAUUGUCUAAGUGCUGCACGGAGUGCUUGGAAAUAA